ACAGGAAGAAAAAAAAAAAAGCACAGACGAAGCCCAGUCUGCGAGCCUGCUGCACACACACACUGCACACUCCCACGGCGAGAUUCACGGCACAUUGUUGAAUACCAAAUCACUGCUUGAGCCAGUUUAGCAGCUAUGGAUCAGUUGGCGAGUCUGGUGCAGCGGCUGGAGAUGGCGGUGGGUCGUGUGGAGUCCAUGUCGGGCCCUGGAGGCAGCGCCGGUGGAGACGUCUCUGGAGGAGCUGUUUCUGCGUUCGUCGAGGCCUUUGACGUGAUCGUCAGCGGUCCCGUGGCUCAGUACCUGUCCCUCAGCCAGAAGAUCGGGGGCGACGUCCAGAAACAUGCAGAAAUGAUCAAGCAGGGCUUCAGCGCUGGGAGACAAGUCCUCAUGAAAGCAUCCUCCUGCCAGAAGCCCGCUGAUGGACAAGACGCACGUGGACUGGGUGAAGGCUUAUCUCCUCAUCUGGACUGAUCUGCAGACUUACAUCAAACAGCACCACACCACCGGGCUGAGCUGGAGCAAGACUGGUCCCGUCGCUUCGGCCUCUGCAGCUCCCCCCAGUGCCCCCGCUGGUUGUCCUCCCCCUCCUCCUCCUGGACCUCCUCCCCCAGCAGACUUAGGCGGACCCUGUCCCAGUGGCGGCGACUCGGGACCUGACCCUCGCAACGCUUUGUUCGCCGCACUCAACAAAGGGUCUGACAUCACCACUGGUCUGAAGCACGUCAGCGACGACCAGAAGACCCACAAGAACCCUGGUCUGAGGGGUCAGGGUGCCGUACGCACUGGGCCCAAACCUUUCGCCUCCCCGACUCCCCGACCUGCUGCGUCUGCCACCCCCACCCAGAAGCUGCCCCCGGUGUUGGAGCUGGACGGGAAGAAGUGGAAAGUGGAAAACCAAGAGGACAACCAGAACCUGUUGAUCAACAACACUGAACUCAAACAGGUGGUUUACGCUUUCAAGUGUAACAAGAGCACCCUGACGGUCAAGGGCAAACUCAACUCCAUCAUUAUAGACAACUGUAAGAAAACGGGCCUGGUGUUCGACGACGUCGUGGGCAUCGUAGAGAUCAUCAACUGUAAGGACGUGAAGAUUCAGGUCAUUGGUAAGGUCCCCACCAUCUCCAUCAACAAGACGGACGGGUGCCACGUCUACCUGAGCAAAGACUCUCUGAGCUGCGAGAUCGUCAGCGCCAAGAGCUCAGAGAUGAACAUCCUGGUACCCAAAGGCGAAGAAGGCGACUUUGCGGAGUUCCCCGUUCCCGAGCAGUUCAAGACCGUCUGGGACGGCAAGAAGCUCGCCACCACAGCAACAGAAAUUGCCGGAUAGAAAGGGGGGGCGGAGAGUAAACCUGCCGCUCCUCCUCCUCCUCCUCCUCGUCCACACCCAUCCCCAUUCCCUUUUUUUGCAAAUUGCCUUCCUGACUGAUCCACCGCCCCACCAGCUAACUCUCACACUGUAGACUGAGAUUUGGACCUCAUGUGUUUAUAUCUCCCCUCCCCCCCGUCAUUUUAUCAGCCAAUCACAGCUUAAGCUGUCCCUUCCAUCAGCCAAUGAGAGGUCUGCUCGCUUUUACUCCCUGGAGCAAAUCCUCCAGCCAAUCAACAGGGAGCAGCUUAUCGUUCCAAUGAAUUUGCCUGUGAGCACUUUUCCAAAAAAAAACAUUCCUGAGUUUUGCCAAUAGCUGCGAUGCUCUGUGUGAUAUUUCAUAUCUAUCAGGAUCAUGCUAAGCUAAAUUUAACUUGUAGACUAGCCAACAGGGGAACAAGAAGUCCCUUAAGACACAAGCACUGCAGCCAAUCAGGAUGCUUCAGGCUGUUAUUCCUUUCUUCUUUUCCUGGUCAGGAUGGGCUAAUGUGUUUUUUUUAAGUCUGAUCGAUUUCUGUUAUUAUGCAAUUCACUGGUGAAGCACUUCCACCUAAAGCCCUUUUACAGGAGAUAAAGGCAUCAUAUCACCUCUGCUGAUGUUGACUGUAUUGAUAUUAACAUUCAUAGUGGAUAAUAAAUAAGUGUCAGAGCACAUAAAUAAAGAGUGAAAUCACGUUAUACACAUCAGAAAAACGCUCCAUCUUGAUGAUGUUUGAACAAUUCAAAGCUGCAGGAUAAUUAUCAUUCCAUGUGCUUUCCCCUAAACCCACUCAUAGGACAUUCCCGAGUAUAAAAAAAAAAACAUUCCACAUAAGGAGACGUGUAAGAGCAAGUCUGUGAAAGAGAGACUAAGAAGAUAAAGACGAGGCUGAAAGUAAUCAUCGACUGUUUUUAAAACUCCGCCUCAGUAGUGGAAACAUCUGCUGUAACCAUCCGUAUAAAUAUGAACAACUAUUGAAGAGUCUGUAAUAAUUGUGGUAGCCACGUCUACUCUGCUCUCCACCGACUUCUUUUACAUCGACUCUUUUUCUUUGACUUCAUUUUUAUUUAGUUUUUGGGUCCAAAAUCAGAGAUCUGCUCAUUAGUACUGGAGACAUCAUUAAAAAUGUUGCAAUACACAA